AUGCCAAGAUUCAACAUCUUCAAAGCAUUCAACCCCAACGGCGGUCCCAGUCGCAACGGCGUAGAGGCGAAAGGCAAACUUCGAAAACAUCCCAGCAAGGCACACUCCACACCCAAAGUCCUCCAGUCAAGUGAAGCAGGGUAUCUUGGACCUAGACGUCAAUCUCUAAGAGCGAUCGAUAGAGAAGUUCGUACAUUACACUUGUCCUCUGACGAAUGCCAUGAACAUCGUGAACAGAACGGUUUACCGAUUGAGACAGCAGAUCCAUACUUACAACGCCACGAAAUAUACCCUGAAUUUCCAAAUAACGAACCGUACGGCAGCACUUGGAGACUCCAUGACAGUCUCGGAAGCUCAUACCAAAUUCCUCCUGAGGAAUCAUGGAACCCGAUCCCGUCUGUCCACAGGCAGUCCACACAAAUGACCGAAGCCUACGAUCGCUCACCAGUAUCAAUGUCCGAUGAAGAGAAAUGGCUCCAGAACUCACAAAGAGGCCAAGUUGGCGAUCAAUUUGAUGAAAAUCAGAUUAGACGUGAAAAGGUCGCGGCGCUGUUGACACCCGUGGCUACUAGCGUCGACGCGCAACCUCGGUAUAGUCAAGAAACCCGUCGUUCGGACAAAACGGGUUCGCACGAAGGAAAAUUGCAGACAUCUUUGCCGAUUAUGGAUCCGUCCAGCGUCGACGCGCGACCUCGGUAUAGGCAAGAGACCCGUCGCUCGGACAAAACGGGUGCGCACGAAGGAAAAUUGCAGCCAGCGAUUUACGAACGUGAAUCCUAUGACGGCGGCGAGUCGGAACCAGACGUAUACCAGUAUAUCGUUCCAGUUGGUGUUGAUAUCAUUUUCCAAGACGAAGCCGGAAUUGAGAUCGCAAGGGUUGGGAAUUCAAAGCCCAGUAAGAGAAAUGCAGAUGAUAAACCCCGUAAUCAUGCCCCCAUCGUUGUCGUGGAUGAACUUGGGAAUGAGCUUUACCGGUAUGAGAUUCCUGAAUGA